AUUGUAUAGUACCUUACUCAAAUUCUUUUCUCCUGUAAUGCAGAAGCCCAGUUCCUCGUCUACCCCAAACAAUGAACAGCUUUGUUGCAAGAAGAGUUGCCAUUAACAUCACGAGAUUCAAGUUUGCACAGAGGGCAUUGUGUAGUAAUGCAGGUGCAGAGCCUACCUGGUUCUAACUGUGAUCAAAUUGUCAAGGAACCUCUGAACAAGCAUGAGUUGAUUGAUAAUUCCGAACAAUAUGAUAUUGCUAUUGUCGGAGGAGGCAUGGUUGGCAUGGCCUUAGCUUGUUCGCUAGCAAGUACGCCAUUGACAAGGCAGCUAAAUGUGGCUAUAAUUGAUAGCAAUCCUGCAUUACUGAAUGCUGAUUUGUUGAAAAAGGAAGGUGCCCCUGAUCCAAGAGUCAGUACAGUCACACCUGCAACUAUAUCCUUUUACAGAGAUAUGGGUGCGUGGCAACAUGUCCAACAACAUCGGCAUGCUUUUUUUGAUAAGAUGCAGAUUCCGAACCUUGUAGGUCUGGGAUAUACUAGGUACAGUGCAAGAGAUGUUGGUAAAGAAGUUUUAGGGUGUGUUGUAGAGAAUAAAGUGCUACAUGGAUCUCUAUUAUCAUACAUUCAGAGCAUGGAUUUUAAAAAGAGAAUAUACCCUACCAAGUUAAGCUCAAUGACCGUAAACUCAAGUAGUCCAUUGACAACUUCCGCUGGCACAGUAUCACAACCUUGUGGAGGUUCUGCUCGAUUGGAGUUGAGCAAUGGCGAUAGUUUGUAUGCAAAGCUGGUAGUUGGAGCUGAUGGGUCAAAAUCACGUGUUAGGGAGUUAGCGGGAAUUGAGACAACCGGGUGGAAAUAUUCCCAGAGUGCAAUCAUCUGUACAGUAGAACAUGCAGAGCAGAACCGUUGUGCUUGGCAGAGAUUUUUACCUAAUGGUCCAAUUGCACUUUUGCCCAUCGGUGAUAAUUUCAGCAACACUGUAUGGACCAUGGACCCAAAAGAAUCAUCCGAGCGCAUAUCAGCGAGCGAGAAUGAGUUUGUGAACAUGGUGAACCAUGCAUUGGAUCAAGGGUAUGGCCCUCGUCCCAAAUCAGCCAAUGAGCGUUUUGAAGCUCCACCCAGAGUUAUAAAAUUGUGUUCAGCCAGAAUGGUCUUCCCAUUGUCCUUAAUGCACGCCAACACUUAUGCAUCAAAACGUGUAGUCCUUAUCGGUGAUGCAGCACACACUGUUCAUCCCCUGGCUGGUCAAGGAGUUAAUAUGGGCUUUGGCGAUGCAAUUGCUCUUUCAAAAGUCAUUGCUGAAGGUGUUGCAGUAGGAUCUGACAUUGGGGAGGUUUCUGUGUUGAAGAAAUACGAAUCCGAGAGAAAACCUGCAAACAUUGCAAUGAUGGCCGUUCUCGAUGGUUUCCAGAAGGCAUAUUCUGUUGAUUUCAUGCCUGUGAAUCUACUGCGGGCUGCUGCAUUCCAUGCUGCGCACUAUAUAUCGCCACUGAAACGAAAUAUCAUCUCUUUUGCUUCAGGUGAACACAAGAUUCCACUGUUCACAUGAUCUGUAUGGUAGAUUUUAUAGAUAUUUUGUGGUAUGCAAAUUGUGGAAUUUGGUUUAAGUUCCUGCCCACUAGAGAA